AUUUUAUCUGGAAUGUCAGAAUAGGAGGUAACAUCCUGAACUGCAACUUGAGUCCACCUUCUCUGAGGAAGACUUAAUAAGAAACAUAAUAAGAAACAACAGAGUCACAAAAGAGCCUUCAUUCCAGAAGUGCUCCAGGAAUCAUGCUGGAGAAGUUCUGCAACUCUACAUUUUGGAAUUCUUCAUUCCUGGAUAGCCCAGAAGCAGACCUGCCACUUUGUUUUGAGCAAACUGUUCUGGUGUGGAUUCCCUUGGGUUUCCUUUGGCUCCUGGCCCCUUGGCAGCUUCUUCAUGUAUACAGAACCAAGAUCAACAGAUCAUCUAUCACCAAACUCUAUCUUGCUAAGCAGGUGCUUGUUGGGUUCCUUCUUAUUCUAACAGCCAUAGAACUGGUCCUUGUACUCACAGAAGACUCUGGACAAGCCACGGUCCCUGCCAUUAGAUAUACCAAUCCAAGCCUUUACCUGGGCACAUGGCUCCUGGUUUUGCUGUUCCAACACAGCAGACUAUGGUGUGUGCAGAAGGACUCUUGGUUCCUGUCCCUAUUCUGGAUUCUCUCAGUACUCUGUGGCGUCUUCCAGUUUCAGACUCUGAUCCGGACACUCUUAAAGGGCAACAAUUCUAAUCUGGCUUACUCCUGCCUGUUCUUCAUCUGCUAUGCGCUGAACGUCCUGAUCCUGAUACUUUCAGCAUUUUCAGAAAAAGAUGACUCCUCGAAUAAUCCAUCAUUCACGGCUUCAUUUCUGAGUAGCAUUACCUUUAGUUGGUAUAACAGCAUUGUUCUGAAAGGCUACAAGCAACCUCUGACACUCGAAGAUGUCUGGGAUCUUGAUGAAAAGAUUAAAACGAAGACCCUGGUCAGCAAGUUUGAAAAAUGUAUGGCAGGAGAGCUGCAGAAGGCCAGGAAGGCAGUCCAGAGACGACAGCGGGGGAGAGCACAGGGGAACUCCAGGGACAGGCUGCAUGGCUUGAACAAGAAUCAGAGUCAAAGCCAAGAUAUCCUUGUCCUGGAAGAUGUUAAAAAGAAAGAAAAGUCUGGCACUACAGAAAACUUUCCCAAGGCCUGGUUGGUCAAGACUCUCUUCAAAACUUUCUACGUCCUACUCUUGAAGUCCUUCCUACUGAAGCUGAUGCAUGACCUCCUCAUGUUUCUGAAUCCUCAGCUGCUGAAAUUGCUGAUCUCCUUUGCAAAUAACCGAGAUGCAUAUGUGUGGGUUGGAUAUCUCUAUUCGGUCCUCUUCUUUGUUGUGGCCCUCAUCCAGUCUCUCUGCCUUCAGAAUUACUUUCAACUGUGCUUCAUGCUGGGGACAAGUGUGCGGGCAACCAUCAUGGCUUCCGUAUAUAAGAAGGCGCUGACCCUAUCCAACCAGAGCAGAAAGCAGUACACCAUUGGAGAAACUGUGAACCUGAUGUCUGUGGAUGCCCAGAAGCUCAUGGAUGUGACCAGCUUCAUCCAUUUGCUGUGGUCAAAUAUUCUACAGAUUACUUUAUGUAUCUCCUUCCUAUGGGCAGAGCUGGGACCCUCAGUCUUAGCAGGUGUUGGGGUGAUGGUACUUCUAAUCCCAAUUAAUGGGAUACUUGCCACCAAGAGUAGAGCUGUUCAGAUCCUGAAGUAUUUUGCCUGGGAACCUUCAUUCAAAAAGCAAGUCCAUGAACUUCGGAAGAAAGAGCUCAAGAACCUGCUGACCUUGGGUCAGAUGCAGACUAUAAUGACAUUUCUCUUAUACAUAAGUCCAGUCCUGGUGUCUGUGGUCACAUUUUCAGUUUACAUUCUGGUGAAUAGCAAUAAUGUUUUGGAUGCAGAAAAGGCCUUCACCUCCAUCACCCUCUUCAAUAUCCUGCGUUUCCCCCUGAGUAUGUUUCCCAUGGUAAUCACCUCCAUGUUACAGGCCAGCGUUUCCACAGAACGGCUAGAAAAGUACUUGGGAGGGGAUGAGUUGGACACAUCCGCCAUUCGACAUGAGUACAAUUUUGAAAAAGCUGUGCAGUUUUCAGAGGCCUCCUUUACCUGGGACCGGGAUCUGGAAGCCACAAUUCGAGAUGUGAACCUGGACAUUAUGCCAGGCCAAUUGGUGGCUGUGGUGGGCACUGUGGGCUCUGGGAAGUCUUCCUUAGUGUCAGCCAUGCUGGGAGAAAUGGAAAAUGUCCACGGGCACAUCACCAUCAAGGGCACUAUAGCCUAUGUCCCACAGCAAUCCUGGAUCCAGAAUGGCACCUUAAAGGACAACAUCCUUUUUGGAUCCGAGUUGGAUGAAAAGAAAUACCAGCAGGUUCUGGAGGCCUGUGCCCUCCUCCCAGACUUGGAAGUGCUGCCCGGAGGAGACCUGGCCGAGAUUGGAGAGAAGGGUAUAAAUCUCAGUGGGGGUCAGAAGCAGCGGAUUAGCCUGGCCAGAGCUACCUAUCAAAAUUCAGACAUCUAUGUUCUGGAUGACCCCCUGUCAGCCGUGGAUGCUCAUGUGGGAAAACAUAUUUUCAAUAAGGUCUUGGGUCCCAAUGGCCUAUUGAAAGGCAAGACUCGACUCUUGAUUACACAUAGCAUUCACUUUCUUCCCCAAGUGGAUGAGAUUGUGGUGCUGGGGAAUGGCACCAUCCUGGAGAAGGGAUCCUACAGCACUCUGCUGGCCAAGAAAGGAUUGUUUGCUAAGAUUCUGAAGACAUCCAAAAAACAGACGGGUCUUGAAGGAGAGGCCACAGUCAAUGAGGACAGUGAAGAAGAUGACUGUGGGCUGAUGCCCAGUGUGGAGGAAAUCCCUGAGGAGGUGGCCUCCUUGACCAUGAGAAGAGAGAACAGCCUUCAUCGAACACUUAGUCACAGUUCUAGGUCCAGUAGCAGGCACCGGAAAUCCCUAAAAAAGUCUUUGAAAACUCGGAAUGUGAAUACCCUGAAGGAGGAGGAAGAACUAGUCAAAGGACAAAAACUAAUUAAGAAGGAAUUCAUACAUACUGGAAAGGUGAAGCUGUCCAUCUACCUGAAAUACCUGCGAGCCAUGGGAUUGUGUUUGAUAUUCUUCAUCAUCCUUGCCUAUGUGAUCAAUGCUGUGGCUUAUAUUGGAUCCAACCUCUGGCUCAGCGCUUGGACCAAUGACUCUAAAACCUAUAAUGGCACUAACUAUCCAGCCUCACAGAGGGACCUGAGAGCUGGCGUCUAUGGAGCUCUGGGAUUGGUACAAGGUGUGUUUGUGCUCCUAGGAAAUCUUUGCAGUAUCCGUGCUUCCACUCAUGCGUCAAACAUCCUUCACAAGCAACUGCUAACCAAUAUCCUUCGAGCACCCAUGAGUUUUUUUGACACAACACCCACAGGCCGGAUUGUGAACAGGUUCGCUGGUGAUAUCUCCACGGUGGAUGACACCCUCCCCUUGUCCCUGCGAAGCUGGAUACUGUGCUUCCUGGGAAUCAUCAGCACCCUUGUCAUGAUCUGCACGGCCACUCCCAUCUUUAUCAUUGUCAUCAUUCCCCUUGGCAUCAUUUAUACAUUUGUGCAGAUGUUUUAUGUGGCUACUUCCCGCCAGCUGAAACGUCUGGACUCUGUCACCAGGUCCCCAAUCUACUCUCACUUCAGUGAGACUGUGUCAGGUUUGUCUGUCAUCCGUGCCUUUGAGCAUCAGCAGCGAUUUCUAAAACAUAAUGAGGUGGGGAUUGACACCAACCAGAAAUGUGUCUUCUCUUGGAUUGUCUCCAACAGGUGGCUUGCAGUCCGUCUGGAGCUGAUUGGGAACCUGAUUGUCUUCCUUGCAUCUACGAUGAUGGUUAUUUAUAGAGAUACACUAAGUGGAGACACUGCGGGCUUUGUUCUGUCCAAUGCACUUAAUAUCACACAAACCCUGAACUGGUUAGUGAGGAUGACGUCAGAAGUAGAGACCAACAUUGUGGCUGUUGAACGAAUAAAUGAGUACAUCAAAGUGGAAAACGAGGCACCCUGGGUGACUGAUAAGAGACCUCCCCCAGGUUGGCCCAGCAAAGGGGAGAUCCAGUUUAACAACUACCAACUACGGUACCGGCCUGAGCUGGAUCUCAUACUGAAAGGGAUCACCUGUGACAUUAAGAGUAUGGAGAAGGUUGGUGUGGUCGGCAGGACAGGAGCUGGGAAGUCAUCCUUGACAAAUGCCCUCUUCAGAAUCCUAGAGGCUGCAGGUGGCCAGAUCAUCAUUGAUGGGGUAGAUAUUGCUUCCAUUGGGCUCCAUGACCUCCGAGAGAAACUGACCAUCAUCCCCCAGGAUCCCAUCCUGUUCUCCGGAAGCCUGAGGAUGAAUCUAGAUCCUUUUAACAACCACUCAGAUGAGGAGAUUUGGAAGGCCCUGGAGCUGGCUCACCUCAAAUCCUUUGUGGCUGGCCUGCAACUUGGAUUGUCCCACAAAGUGACAGAGGCUGGUGACAACCUUAGCAUAGGGCAGAGGCAGCUGCUGUGCCUGGCCAGGGCUCUGCUUCGGAAAUCCAAGAUUCUGAUCAUGGAUGAGGCCACUGCUGCGGUGGAUAUAGAGACCGAUCACCUUAUCCAGACGACCAUCCAAAAGGAGUUCUCCCACUGCACGACUAUCACCAUUGCUCAUAGGCUCCACACCAUCAUGGACAGUGACAAGAUAAUGGUCCUAGACAACGGGAAGAUUGUAGAGUAUGGCACCCCUAACGAACUGCUGAAAAAUUCUGGCCCCUUUUGUUUGAUGGCCAAAGAAGCUGGCAUUGAAAAUGUGAACAGCACAUCACUCUGACAGUAGGUGCCAUGGGCUGGAGAAGGAAGGAUUAUUCCUUAUUUCUUAUGAAAGCUAUCACACAGGAGUAUGUGAAAUGUACCUUUUAAAGAAGGGUAUUACCAGCUCCAGCAGAACCCCCGUUUUGUGAACCCACUUUGAUUAUACCUCCUUCCUACUUCCUUUCCCAAAUAACUACUAUCCUGAAUUUUGUGAUAAUUAUAUCCUCCUGCCUUUCAUUUUAGUUUUACUACUUGGUAUGUAUCCUUAAACAAGGUGUACUUUUUAUGUAAAUGGCCUCACUUAUACUUGACAUAUUCUAUUGCUUUUGUUCAGUUUUUUUUUUGAGAUUCAUGCAUGUUGAUGCACAUAGUGAGGCUGGUUCUUUCUCACCGUUCUGUAGUGUGGCAGUGUAUAAAUGACACAGUGUAUCCAUUUUUUAAAAAUUUUAAAAAUGUUAUUUAAAAA